AUUUAUUAUUUUUCGUUGGAAACGAAAGUAGAAGAAAAAUAUAUAAAUAAUAUAUCGUCUUUCACCAUUCUCAGCCACUCUCCUCCCUGGCGCGUGUGUGAUCCUCAAGAGACGGUUCACGUUCGCCGGCCCGUCACCACCACUUCGCUAACGUGCGCCGCUCUUCUUCUUCUUGUUCUUCUUCUUUCUCAACCUUCUUUUCUCUCAUAGUCCCCUUUUUACAGGAAGAUCCCUAAUUUUGCCCUAAUUGUAAACUCCAUUCAUUCCAAUCUCUACCUGGGCUUUCUAUAGAACAUGCGCAAUCUUCUGGUUCCGACAACCGCCAUGCCUCCGUCCUCAAUUCUCACCUCAUCGUCGUCAAUUUCCAAAUCCAAGACUUGUGCAAACCCUAGCCCUAGCAAUUCCCUUCUCUGUAAACACUCUCCAUCCGCAACCCUUGAUCUUCUUAUCCUCAUUCUCGUUCUGUUUUCCGGUACCUUUCUUGUAAAGUCAUAUUUCUCUUACAUUUUCAACUCUCUUUCGAUUCUCUUGUCGUAUUCGGCCCUGCAGCUUCCUCAAUUUCCAUUUCCGUUUAUUGUUGGGUUUUUGUUGUUUUUCUGUGUGAUUGUUGGUGUGUUUGAGAUUUGUUGUGGCGCUAGAUCGAGGAAAUGCGCGAAGCCGGGAUGUAAAGGGUUGAAGAAGGCUAUGGAGUUUGAUCUGCAAUUGCAAACGGAGGAGUGUGUGAAGGGUGGGUCCAAGGAGAUUGAUAAAUUGCCGUGGAAGGGAGGUAGUGAGGCUAACCCGGAUUAUGAGUGCUUGAGGUCCGAGCUGAGGAAGAUGGCACCACCCAAUGGUCGAGCUAUUUUGCUCUUUCGGGCGCGCUGUGGCUGCCCCAUCGCGAAGCUUGAAGGCUGGGGGACUAAGCGCGGGCGGCGGCAUAAGAAUGGGAAGCUAUGCAAGAAAGUUUCGGGGGCUCGGUUAGCAUACCUCAAGUAAUUUGUUUCUGGGCUCUGGCUACAUUGGGCAUUAACGGGGGAGGAGGCCAUCGCUGAUCAUCGAUGGCGACUUCAUUAUCGAGAAGACCUUCCAUAUAACUUACUUUCUCUUUCCAUCAUUUUACUUAUUUUUAGAUGCUCUUUCUGAAACAUAUGGAUUAUUAGAGCUUUCUUUUAUAAGAAUUCUAUAACAUAGUGAUAUUCAUUUUCAGAAACAGGCUUCCCCCAUCCCUGCAUUAGCCUGGGGAGACCCUCCCCCUCCCUCGCCCAUGGAAAUUGAAAUAUAUACCAAAACUUACUGCAAAUAAAACGAUAGACAAUGAUAAUUA